AUGUGGUCCAACACACCUACCGCCAAUCCUUUGACAAGAAACGCCGAGUCGCCUCGAUCCCGCAACAACACAACAUCAACAGCCAUGACAACCACUCCGGCAUUCGCCUUUAUGGGCCAAGGCACAUCGUCAGCAACUGUCGCUGCUCGCGUCACCCCCGCUGCUGCAUCUGGAACAACAGCUGCCCCUUCAACAACAACGAUGACGACUGGCACUUCUGCCGCUGUUGUAGGAGCAGCUGCUACUUCUUCUUCUACAGCGAUGACUGUUCCUACUUGGAUUAACGGAACCUCUGCUGCUGUGAAUGUCACUGCUGCCCCCACAGUUGGAGCGAACGCACCGUUUACGGGACUGAUCUUUGGGGCGCCUGCUGCGGGAACUUUGACUCUUGCGUCAGCAACGACGGCGGUUGUUGGUGGAGGAACGGCGACGCCCUUGUUUGCAGCUGGAGGAACAACAACAACAACAACACCGAUCAUAGGAGCCGGAUCAGCAGCAGGGCAGACGCCGGCUGUUCCUACCACGACCACGACAACGCAUACCGCCGAACGCUUCACUCUGGCCAGACUCGGGGACACAUCCUCCAACUUGUGGGGAACUAACGUCAGCACAAACACAACCAACAUUUUCGGGAACCAAGCAGCAUCGCAGAGGCCGGCCUCGGCAGGCACACCUCCAGGACCAGGACGGUUUUUCAACAACUUUGCGACUCGGCCAGCGUUGGCCCUUGCUACGACUCAACCUGCAAUUACAUCCACCUCAAUAUUCACGCCAUCCUUCCCAAGGCAGGCGCCGCAGCUGCAAUGUACCAAGGAGAUCCGGUUCCGGUUUGAGUGGGCACCCGAGAACAUCUCGAUCCUGUUGGGCACAGGAUUAACGCAGCAGUUUCGAGUUCGGGAGGGCGAUGUGGAUACGCUCCAGUGCAGCUUGCUACAAACACCUGACACUUUCAAGAUGACCCUGGAAUUCGCAACAAACCACAAGGGCAACAAUCAGUCUUGGCUUCAGACAGUGUCGGUGUUCACGAUUGACCAGAGAAAGCUAACAUCGGUAGCAGUCUUUUGGCCCAGCGUCCGCCAGGUUCACUGGCCAAAGACAGUGACGACGCUGGUGAAGAAUGCGGAGGGGCGCUAUUGUGUCGACGUUCUACUGUCGAGUGAAAAGACAGGAAUCAAAUUUAACUCGACGACAUCGACGACCUACACAGACCAUUGCGACUCGAUCCUCGGCAAGAUGCUAGACGACCCCUCGAGCUAUGACGUCUUCUUUGAAUUUGAUUCGCUGGAAUCCUUUGCAGAGUUCGAGCUCGAGCCUGAAACAUCUGACUCGGAGACGGGAUCUAUCGAGAAGAUCGAAGCUGAAGACGAGGUGUAUCAACAGGAAGAUACUGGUGAUUCAGGAGUAUCGGAGAUGGCCAAGUUGGCAAUUACGGACAAAACUGAGCAGACUACCGAGGAUACUGAUGGAGCUUCCUUGACAUCAUUUCUCCAUAAAGAGUCUACUGGACAGCCAGCAGAGGGUGUGGACCGUGGACAAGGCAUGGAUCGGGGUCGAGAUCGGGGACUACGAUGGCAUCUUCACGACGAUGAGGCAUAUGAGGACGAAUUUGAUACAAAGGUUAUGACGAGUGUGAAGCAGGUUUACACGGCACUGGACAACAUGUCGAAUGCUCUGACCACCCCAUCGGCAACGACCAAAUCCAGGACCUCGAUUGUGGAGACCCAAGGCGCGCACAAGAUUGUCCUCUCGCAGUAUGACUACUUCAAGACCAUGUUUUCGAGCUCAUUUGCUGAGGGUGGACCGGGCGUCAAGCGGAUCAAGAUCAAGGACAGCGACAUUCACUGCUUCCGUCUGCUGAUCCAGUUUCUUUACCUUGGUCGACUUCGUCCCUGGAAUGCGCCGACUGUUCUGACUCAGGAUUGCCCGACAGUCAAACAUCAACCGACAUGGGAAGACGUGUACUUGAUUGCGGACAGAUACAGUAUUGCGGAACUGAAGGAGAUGGCGGGGUCCAGGAUCAUCCAAGGACUGAGUGGUGAGUGGGCGGUCCCGUUCUUGUUCCGGACUGGGUACUUAUUUGAGGAGAUGCGACACGCUCUGGUCAAGUAUGUGGUCAAGAACAACAUGGACGAGAUCUCGCACAAGAAGACUCAGGAGGCGUACUUUGCUCACCCAGAGUGCACUGCCAUCUUUGGCGAAAUUAUCGCCGAACUCUGGGCCAGCAAGUCCUCUCACUGA